AGCGCACACUUCCUGGAGCUUAAAACAACCCCCACAGAAAACAAGAAAAACAAACGAGCCCAUGGAGGCGAGAGCUGUAAAGUUCUAGCCCCGUAUCCGAUGGCUCGGAUGCUUUGUCCUGGUCAACUGGACACGUAAAGCAGUUUUUAUCGAGCGGUAUUUUCGGGCACAUAGAGAGGCCGAUGUGCGGAGCGGCAGCGGCGGUGUGGAGUGAGCGCUGCGCGGAGGGGAGAUCCAUCGACCGCACCAGCGCGAGCCAGCAAGCGGCCUAGCGCUAACACACACAGCCAGCGCUUUAAUGUUCAUGGGAUACCCUUAAGUGUACUUCACAGAGACCAUAAGGCGUAUUCCCCUUCUGAAUGACAACAUUUACCGUCGUUUGGCAUGUCUGACAUACUUUAAUCUGGUUCGGAGCCUCUUAGCCGUCUGGCUAACGGAUUAGAUUGACAGGUUAGCUCGUUAGCCGCUAAACAAGUUUUUAAAGUGACUUAUCAUACACCUAUAUUUGUGUAAUGCAGGCCGUGUUGGAGGAAGGGGUGCUCCAGCUACCGUUUUUAUUCUGAAACCGUUCGGUUGUGUAGUUUUAAGACUAUAAAGUCAGUUGUUUGCGUAUUAAUGAUUAGCUGGCUAGCGAGCUAGCGAUGUCUAUGCCCUCCGCCGAUAUGCUGGAAACACCGCCUAUGUACCCGUUUGAGGAGAUAGAAUAUAAUGAUAUUGACGUGGAAGAGGUGGUGGGCAGAGGGGCGUUUGGUGUUGUGUGCAAGGCCAAGUGGAAAGGCAGAGAUGUGGCCAUCAAGACUAUAGAGAGUGAAUCAGAGAGAAAUGCCUUCUUUGUUGAGCUUCGCCAGUUGUCUCGUGUAAAUCAUCCCAACAUUGUGAAGCUGUAUGGCUCCUGCAGUAGCCCUGUAUGUCUGGUGAUGGAAUAUGCAGAAGGGGGUUCAUUGUAUAAUGUGCUGCACGGUGCAGAGCCUCUCCCUCACUACACUGCAUCUCAUGCCAUGAGCUGGUCCCUGCAGUGUUCUCAGGGGGUCUCGUAUCUCCACGGCAUGAAACCAAAGGCUCUCAUUCACAGGGACCUCAAACCACCCAAUUUGCUUCUGGUUGCUGGAGGUACUGUACUGAAGAUCUGUGACUUCGGGACAGCAUGUGACAUCCAGACACACAUGACUAACAACAAGGGAAGCGCAGCCUGGAUGGCCCCAGAGGUGUUUGAAGGCAAUAACUACAGUGAGAAGUGUGACGUGUUCAGUUGGGGUAUUAUUCUCUGGGAGGUGAUCACACGCCGGAAGCCCUUCGAUGAAAUUGGUGGCCCUGCUUUCCGCAUCAUGUGGGCUGUGCACCGCGGCACGCGGCCACCUCUCAUUAAGAACCUACCGAAGCCCAUAGAGAGUCUGAUGACUCGUUGCUGGUCCAAAGACCCAUCGCAGCGGCCUUCCAUGGAGGAGAUAGUGAAGAUUAUGAGCCACCUCAUGAGGUAUUUCCCAGGAUCAGAAGAGCCUCUUCAGUACCCUUAUCAGUAUUCAGAUGAAGGCCAGAGUAACUCUGCCGCCAGCACAGGCUCAUAUAUAGACUACACAUGUACCAGCAACAAGAACGACAUCAACAUGGAGCACACCAACUCCCCAGGCAGCAACGACACCAUCAAGUUCCCAUUCAAACCAAAGGGCGACCCCUUAAGGCCUGGUCACCCCCUCUCCAGAGGAAGCAGCGUAGAGAGUCUUUCUGGCAGGCCACAUUGUCUGGCUUCAUCCGACAGCAAACGAAUGAGCGCGGAUCUCUCCGAACUGGAGCACAGAUUGCCCUUUGCUCCCGCAGCACGUCCACAAUAUAAGCGAGGUCACCGUAAAACGGCAUCACAUGGCACCAUUCUGGACAUUCCCAAGAUCAUCGUCACAGCGACCUGUGAGCCUCAUAGACGCAGAUCAGUGCAGGAUCUUCCUGCCAUUGGUACGGAGUCCAGUCAGGAUAGCAGAAACAACAGCAGACCAUCCAGCCCCAGUGUGAGGAUGAUUACGCCAGACAGGACAGACACCAAUGGCUCAGAUAACUCCAUUCCCAUGGCCUAUCUGACCCUGGACCAUCAGUUACAGCCUCUAGCCCCGUGUCCAAACUCCAAAGAAUCAAUGGCAGUGUUUGAGCAGCACUGUAAGAUGGCACAGGAGUACCUGAAGGUGCAGACAGAGAUCGCUCUUCUCAUACAGAGGAAGAAAGAGCUGAUAGCAGAACUGGACCAGGACGAGAAGGAUCAGCAGAACGCAUGUCGCCUCGCUCAGGAGCACAAGAAGCUCCUAGAGGAGAACAAGAGUCUGUCCACCUACUACCAGCAGUGCAAGAAGCAACUGGAGCUGAUCCGAGCACAGCAGCAAAAGAGACAGGGCACAUCAUGAACCCCUUUCAUUAUGAAACAGAGCCAGACUGACUCUUAUAAUCACAACCCCCGUUAUCUCGUCCACCUCAAUCCAAACAUUGGGGUUAGCUAUAUAGUUUGGCCCAGAAACCCCCUUAUUCUGCCUAAAAGCACCCCACCCUGGCUGCCCAUGCUCAUAUAUGCCCAUGAAACUUGAAGAUGGCAACUGUAUGAGCUAUUCUCCACAGUGACCAUGGGCCAUUUCCACCCAUGCAAACGGUUCUGAGACCCUGCGCUCAACUGCACAAGCAUGCUGGGUUGCAUGUACCCGUGAGUCUGCGGCAGGAUAUGCAAAAGCAGGGAUACAUUUAAAGCCCGGUGGGUGUAAAACAGAACUGUUGGCCGUGAUUCACACAGACAGUUCUUCAGAAAUCAUACAAGUCUAAACGAGCCAGCAAACCGAGUCUGUCUGCAAAAACGAUGUGUUUUCAAACAGGAAAACCGGCAUCUUAUGCCAGGGAUGUUCAAAGAGAGGAUGUAAAAGGAACAAAUGAGGUCUUUUGGAAUGUCACCUGUUUUUUCCCUUCCUCUAACCAUACCAGAAUUCUCUGUGGGGUUCGCCUAAUUCCCCUCAAUUAGGUGUCGGUCCUUAAGAAUGUGAACGCAAAGUGGCUUUAGGUUACAUACAAAAGCUAAUUUUAUCAUUUUAAAAUCUAGAUUUUUAUUUUGUUGCAUUCACUUUGUGUGUACUUUUCAUUUUAACCCCUUUUAUGCAAAAAAGUGCUACAGAUGUUCCCUCUUUUUUGAUUUGUCUGCCCUAAAUGUGUUAUAAUGUAUUGAUUGAAAUCGGGGGAUGUAUUUUACAUUUGCCUUGCAUGUCGACCUUGUGUUUAUGGAUGAACAAGGGUCGAUCUGUGUGUAUGUGCGGCCUCACAAGAAAAUGCUGUUUGUAAUCCGCUUCCUUUAACAUAACGCUCAAAAAUCAUCGCUCUUAAAGAGACUGAAACAAAUGGACUUGAGUGUAUGUGAUUGUGAGUACAAACAUUUUAAUCAUGAAUACAGUAUUCUUGUGUUUCUUUGCUCUGUUGUGUAUCUUUAUCUAACAACGUAUGGUAAUUUAUCCAGGGUUUUCAGAGAUCCGCUUCAUAGUUUUUGUUGUAAGUGUGGGAAAGGCUGUCUUUCUCUGAGCUUGAUUUAGGUAUUUUUAGUUCACAUGAUGCCUUAGAGUUGAAUUGUUUGCGAUUUACUUGACUUGUUUUGUUGCUUUCCGGCAACGAGGCCGCUCACAUGCCGCGAUUAGAAACAUGAAUGGGAGUUUUAAAAGGCUUGCGAAUGCAACAUGAAAUCAAGAGCGGCCAGAGUUUUGUCUGGUCUGAAUGAUCUUGUCAAUAUGCUGCAGAAAUCAUAAAAUCACGAUAAGGGCAGUCAACCUACUCACCCAUUCUUUUUUAGUUAAGUUCCUUGUUCUUACCACUAGUUUUCAUCCCUGUACUUAAUUUAAGAUUUUGAAAGAGAAAAUCGGCCGUAUUGUUACAUAUUAUGAAUUCCUCUUAGAUAACACACACUUUACUUUGUUGCCCCCAGCACACACUCCACCGAUGUUUUUGCACAAUCCCGACUGAUUACAAAGAAUGCGCUCUAUACCGAGGAAAUCUUGAGCAGGGUUAAAGACACAUUUGGAUGUUCAAGAUCUUCAGAUGAGUUCUCUGCAAAACUUUUUGUUUAACAGUGAAGUGGUGUAUUAUUUUUUUUUUUUUUUUUCUUCGAGUUCAAUGUUCAUGUUGAGUUUCUGUACUAUGUGCUGUAAAUAAGAUGUCUGAUUUCUUAAGCUGUUGGGAACGGGAAUACACAGGUGAAGGUCGCAUCUUGAAAUAAAUCGAACAGGUAAACAUCA